AUGCCUAACGUAUCAUUUGAUAUCUUUUUUGACAAGGACUUCAUCAACAUCACCGCCACUCGAGGACAGACCGCUCCCAAGGCCAAACCCGAGUGGAAAGUCCGCUCUGCUCCCAAACUUCCCCCCAAGCCCGUGCCCGAAGAUCACAGCGGUCAACCGAGACCCCCACCACGAGAGAAGUUGACUAGCCUUCGUCAGCCCCAGAAGCUGCAACAGGCCCCAACUAGUGCUGAGAAAGCCACCGACACCGCGAGCGAUACUGCUUCACAGGCAGGAGGCGAGGGCAAGCGGAAGCCACCGAAGCUCGGUCCCAGGAAGUCCGUUUCUGCAUAA